CAGCUGCGUACGCAUUUCAUUCCACCUUGGUUUGUGGCCAUAACAAGCCGAACUGCUCGACCCACGCUCCAAUUCAGCGAGAAUCAGGAAACGAGCCCUGCACGGAUGGACGGCUCGUCGGCGGAGGUGGCGAAGGUGAAGCGGGCGAAGACCGUCUUGACGGUGGCGGCGAUCUCCGGCUCCCUCCGCCGGGCCUCGGCCAACGCCGGCCUCAUCCGCGCCGCCGCCAAGAUGUGCGAGGAGUCCAUCCCGGGGCUGCAGAUCGACCACGUCGACAUCUCCGACCUGCCGCUCCUUAACACCGACCUCGAGGACGUCGACGGCAACGCCUUCCCGGCCGCCGUCGAGGAGUUCCGGGACAGGGUCCGCGGCGCCGACUGCUUCCUCUUCGCCUCCCCCGAGUACAACUACUCCAUCUCAGGCCCUCUGAAGAACGCGCUGGACUGGGGGUCGCGGCCACCGAACGUGUGGGCGGACAGGGCCGGCGCCAUAGUGAGCGCGUCAGGGAAGUCCGGCGGCAAGAGGUCGGCGUACCACAUCCGGCAGGUCGGGGUCUUCCUCGACAUCCACUUCAUCAACAAGCCGGAGGGGUUCGUCUCGGCGCACCAUCCGCAGAGCAAGUUCAACGGCGACGGCAACCUCAUCGACCCGGAGACUGGGGAGCUGCUGAGGAAGAUCCUUCUUUCCCUCCGGGCGUUCGCGCUCAGGCUCAUCCACGGCAACGACUCUGCUGCAAACUCCGGACAAGGUAGUUAGUAUAUUUAGUGGUGCUGUGUCUGCUGUGAUGGCUGGAUGGAGCUAGUUAACAUGUCGGGAUGUUCAAAGCCUAUGGCUCAUAAAAAGUGAUACGAUGAAGGGCUGUUAAACAAUGACGUAUUAAAAUUACAUAGCAAAAUAACACCACAAGUGCUGCUGC